AUGUCUAAGCGAAUGAAUAUCCUCGUCUACUCCGGUGCGCUCACUCAAGAUGCCUGGAGAAGUAAUCCCAAUCUAAUGCUGUCUUCAGGAAAUGGUAGCACUGUCGAAUCAGUUCGGCAUUGUCUCUAUACCCUCCGGAGGCUGCUUGCUCCCCACUACGCUGUCAUCCCGGUUACUGGUGAUAUGCUCAUCAAAGAGCCUUGGACAGCGAGCUGUGCCGCUGUUGUGUUUCCGGGUGGUGCAGAUCAAGGCUACUGCAGAACACUAAACGGUGAAGGCAACCGACGUAUUCGCCAGUUUGUCGAGCGUGGUGGUGUGUACAUUGGAUUCUGUGCUGGCGGCUACUACGGGAGCAAGAGAUGCGAAUUCGAGGUCGGCAACAAACUCUUAGAGGUGGUUGGAGACAGGGAGCUCGCUUUCUACCCUGGCACUGCUCGAGGCUGCGCUUUUCCCGGGUUUGUUUACCAUAGUGAGAAGGGCGCUCGAGCUCCCGAGUUGAAAGUCGACAAGACAUCCCUUGCUGCAGGGAAUGUCCCGGAUGUCUUCAGGUCCUAUUACAACGGUGGUAGUGUUUUUGUGGACGCACCAAAAUACCGAGAGCAUGGGGUCGAAGUGCUUGCCAGCUAUACCGAGCGCUUGGCGGUCGAAAGUGGCGAGGGAGCCGCUGCCAUCGUCUAUUGUAAAGUCGGUCAAGGCGCCGCGCUAUUGACUGGUCCUCACCCAGAGUUUGUCUUUCUCGGAAAGCCGGCGGACGACUGGUCACUAACGAAGCCUAGGUUUGCUGCUGCGAACAUUGAGCCGAAGCCAGAGGUUCCUGGGUUCUCAGACGUCAUCAAAGCCCUGGCUGGGGACGAGAAACACAGAAUGGACUUCCUCAAAGCAUGCCUGACGAAGCUUGGUCUCACAGUGAGCGAUGAACAGAAUGUACCUUCCCUAUCCUAUAUGCAUCUGUCUUCAUCCGACCCUGCAGACACUGCCCGGGUGAUGUCUUCCCUGAGCCACCUUGUCGAGAAGGAUGAAAGGGGUGACGAGUUUCUCAAGGAUGAAAACGACACAUUCCAGAUCCUGAAGCCAUCCGUCUGGAAGAUGGGUGAUUUGAUGAAAACACUACCUACAGAGUCGGAUUCAAAGAAACCUGCUGACCGAUCCGAUGGCAGCUCCGAUCGGAUAGUCGAUUAUAACACGGUACUAAAGAGGAUCAUUGUGCAUGACGACGAUCAUCCUCAAGCAAGGUCGACUCCAUACUUCAACCACUCCGCUUUCUAUUCGAACCUACACAAGUACCAGUCGCAAACGCCGGGCGCGGUUAACUUCGGUGCUCAUUUGUUGUACGGGGAAGUGGUUACAUCCACAAAUACGCUGCUUGAGAAGAAUACCCAUCUCCUUCGGGUUCUCCCGCAAGGCUUCACGGCAACUGCCACGGUCCAAGUCGCAGGCAGGGGCCGAGGAUCCAAUGUCUGGGUUUCACCUGCAGGGAGUUUGAUGUUCAGCACUGUCAUUCGACAUCCGAUGGCCCAGAUGCAGAGCGCUCCGGUUGUCUUCGUCCAAUACCUGGCAGCAAUGGCAAUCGUGGACGGCAUCAAAAGCUACGAUGGCGUGCUUUAUAAAGACGUGCCAAUCAAGCUCAAAUGGCCAAAUGAUAUUUUCGCCCUGGACCCUGGCAAAGCGAGAAACAAUGGCGGUGACCGCAAUGAGAAUUACACAAAAAUCGGGGGCAUCCUGGUGAACAGUCACUACAACAGCAAGGAAUAUAUUGCCGUUUGUGGCAUCGGUCUGAAUACGUCCAACGCUGCGCCGACCACCUCUUUGAACCAACUUACGCAAUUCCUCCCCCACAAGGUCGCCCCUUUCACUUUAGAGAAGCUACUGGCCAGGAUUUUGACCGUCUUCGAUGACCUGUACGCUCGAUUCUUGGCGGCUGGCUUCAAUGAGGCUAUGGAGCAGAUGUACUACAGACACUGGCUUCACAUGGAUCAAAUUGUGACACUUGAAGCUGAAGGCGGUCAACGUGCACGAAUCAAGGGCAUCACAAGAGACUAUGGAUUACUUAUCGCAGAAGAACUUGGAUAUGAAGACCGUGAGACUGGUCGGAGAUGGACCUUGCAGAGUGACGCCAAUAGCUUCGACUUUUUCAAAGGGUUGGUAAAGGUGAGUAACAGCUGGUGGCUGACAAUAGCCACAAACCACGUUCCACAUCUUUGA